GGCCGUGGCGGCGGAGGUGGAGACCGUGGUGCAAAGGGAAGGGGCCUCUCCCCGGGGGAAGGCGGCUGAACCCGCCGCAGGGUAUCCUGAUAUCUCCAAGGUGGUAACUGAUGAAACCGCAGUCCUCGAUGUCCCUACUGAGGUUAGGAGGCUGCCAGCCAAACAUCUCCACAGGCUGCAAGAAGAGGAAAGCACAAGUCCUCAGCAUGAGCUGUGGCAAGCCAAAAUGCUGAGGACUGAGAACCAGCACCUCAAGACCAUCUCAGCCACUAAAGCCAAUAGCAGGUGCAAGGAAGAAUCGGGCAACGCUGUAGAUCCCAGAACCACGGCAGAAAAGGCAGAAAUGGGGCAGGGAGAGGCAAGUCCAGGAGACCUGCACCUGUUGUUGCCCUCAAGUGGGGUUGGACUCAGUGCUCACUUGGCUAGCAAGCCAUGCAAGGUGCAUGCUCUGACCGCUCAGCUCCAGAAGUGCCUGCAGGACUAUGGUGGCAUGAGAGCUGGGCAGGAAACCCAGCAGCCCACUCCAUCUGAAGGAGAGAACACAGAGACCUGCAAGAAAGAGAGAAAAGCUUCCACAGACUCCAAACUGGCAUCCCUAGAGAAUGGAGAAAAGGGCCCACCAGAUGGGCCUGAGGAGAAGGAGUAUGCAAAGCUGGAGGAGGCUCGUUCUGGCAGCACAGGCCUCCCAGCAGAAGCUCUGUCCCAGAGGGAGAUUGUUGGCAAGCGCAGGUACCGCUGUGGGGAAUGUGGCAAAGCUUUCCUGCAGCUCUGCCACCUCAAGAAGCACCGCUUCGUCCACGCUGGCCACAAGCCCUUCCUGUGCACAGAGUGUGGCAAGAGCUACAGCUCAGAAGAGAGCUUCAAGGCCCAUGUGUUGGCCCACCGGGGUGUGCGGCCUUUCCAGUGCACCCAGUGUGACAAGGCUUACCGCACAAAACGAGACUUGCAGGAGCACCAGGUCCUGCACACGGGCCAGCGCCCCUUCUCCUGUGAACAGUGUGGCAAGGCCUUUGCACGCCGGCCCUCUCUCCGCAUUCACAGGAAGAUCCACCUGGCCACUGGGCCUAGCCCAGUUGGUGCUAAGGGCUGCCAGUGUGCCAUCUGCGGACGCUACCUGGCCAACCCCGGCUCCUUGCGCAACCACAUGCGCCUGCACACCGGGGAGCGCCCUUAUGCCUGUCCCUACUGCAGCAAGGACUUCCGACAGCAGAGCAACCUGCGUGAGCACCUCCGGCUGCACACAGGCGAGAAACCCUACAAGUGCCGCUUCUGUGGCGAUGCCUUCCCCAAGCUGCCAGAACUGCGGCGCCAUCUCAUCUCCCACACAGGUGAGGCCCACCUAUGCACAGUGUGUGGCAAGGCGCUGCGGGACCCCCACACACUGCGUGCCCACGAGCGCUUACACACAGGUGAACGCCCCUUCCGCUGUGAGCAGUGUGGUAAGUCCUAUACCCUGGCCACCAAGCUGCGCCGCCACCAGAAAUCCCACCUGGCUGACAAGCCCUACAAAUGUGAACUCUGUGGCAUGGGCUACACCCUUCCUCAGAGCCUUGCACGCCAUGUGCUCACCCACAAGGCAGAAAAGGACCCGGAGGAACUGGCUACUGCAGUGGCCUCCCUCAACGCAGACCUGCCUCAGGCAGCGCAGAAAAGGCCUCAGAGGAAAGGCCACCAGGAGGAGGAGAUGGCAGAACCCACCUUGCUCAUGGUGGAGGUGCCAGGGACAGCAAAUGAGGCAGAGCUGCUGAUCACAGCCAGUGGUCACUGCAUUGCUACUUACCAGUCCCAAGGCAGCCCGUUGGAUCCUGGGGCACACAGGAGGCCUGCUGGGCAUUUGCCGUCAACCAAGGACAUCAUUGAAAUUACCAUCUCUGAGCAUGACGACAAGUGCAUUAUUGUGCAGGAUGAGGGCUCACCAAGCGACAUGGUCAUCAUCCAGGAGGGGGUGGGCUUUGGAGCAGUGGCGGAGGUGGUGGAGGUCGAGACUGGGCUCUGACUACCCCAGCCUGUCCUGGCUGAUCACAUUCAGUAUGGAAUAUUAAAAUAGGGUAAAGAAACAACAACGAAAACUAGCUGUGUCAUCUCUCUCUGACAACAAGACCCUGUGGCUCAGCCCCAGGCAAAAUUAGUGGCCUUGAAAGUAAAUAGCCUUGUAGACCUGGGUCUUUUUGGCAGCCAUCCCUCCUAGGUACGGGCCUACAUGUGCCACUUGCUGGGACUGGUGCAGGGAGGGCAUUUGCUGAUGAUGGGAAAGGCUUUUUAAAGAGGAAAGCCCACAGCUAUAAUGAGCAGUGCCCCUACUCUGUCUCUUCUUAGGUUGUCAGUGAGUGACAGUGAAUGUAUGCAGAAGGCAGGGACGAGUCUGAAAGCAGCAGCUUUGGACAACCCCUUCCUUUCAAAUUUUUCUGUUCCUGCUUGACUGCUGCUAUUCAACUACUUUUACUUGCCUGGGCUUUUACUCUGAAACUCGGCAGUAUUUCUGAGCCUUUGCAGGUGAUGCUAAACGCCAGAUUUUGCUGGGAAGCAGCUUUCAAAGUGUUUGCAAGGUGUCUGUGUGCGGGUUUUUUGAAAAGCAUUUUUCACAAUCAACAGAAGCAAAGCCUGGCCUUAUAGCCAGGGCUGAGUGUUCUUCUCCACUGUCACCUGCAACGCUUGCUGUAGGAAGUAUAGUAACUGGAUGGUAUGCCUGAGGACAUUAAAGGAUAGCUUCAUUUCUCACAGUAAUAGUAGCAUUGGACAGUGCAAUUUUUGGUGUCCCCAGCUGAGACAGACAGUUCAUUUCAGUAUGCUCAGGAGAUUUUGCCUUUCCCCUCCACAUUCAAGUUAGGUUUCUUUUUUCUCAUCUGUUUGCCCUUGUUCUUUUUCUUGCACUCUUGCUUCUUCUCUUCCACUUCUCCCUUGCCCCUGCCCCAAAAGCUAAAAGACAGCACCACCACAACUAAACUCCAGUUUUCCCACCUUCCCAUCUUCAUGACAGAGUGCUCAUUUGCCACCCGAGCCAUCCUGAAUGAAAUUGAUCCUUUUUCAGGCGGGAAGUGCACAGUUCCAGAUGCCAUGUUAACUCAGUCUUGCAGGAGGAAGUCAACAAUUCCAGCCCUAAUCAAGAGCUUACAGGCUUUUUUUUUUUUUUUUAAUGCUUCCCUCACCUAGACAAACACUGCUUUCAUUUGCUGCCUCUGAAUUUAGCUGUUCUUGCUCUCCAUCUUUUCCCUCUCCAACAUCUGCAUUUCCCUAGAAAGUUUUGUUUACGUGCCUAACUUCCCUGGGCACUCUACAUCCACUGCUCAUGAGUGAGAAAGGCAUAGUGUCAUCUGAGAUUCCUCGGUAGCACAGUCCCCUUCUGGAGUGCUAUGAACACAGUAAUCUGACAAUCUGAAAAGCUGCUCUUUGUGGUUUCUACAUUAAACUUUUUCCAUAAAUUUUUAUAACCAGUUAGAAGAUGAGGUGCUAGGGUCAGUUCCACAACACUGAUUUGAAGUAAACAUGGCAGGGGAAUUCAGCUAAUAUACCUUUGAUUGUCCUCAUUUUCAGCUAUUCUCUUUAAAGUGGGGGAGCAGAAGACCUCAGUCCUUGCACUGAGCAUUUGGAGAUGGACCAGUGAGAGCGCUGGUGUAUGGCUUGGGGGAGGUUGUAUCUGAAGCUGUAAUGCUUCCUAUUGCUCUCCCUUCGGUGCCUGUCCUAACUCUUGCAGUUUUUCAAAUAUUGACAUAGCUGCAAAGUGUUCCCACCAGAGCCGGGCUCACAUGCUGCGUUCCAGGCACGUGCUCCUUGUCGCAGCACCCAGGGGAGGAAGGAGGCGAUCAGGGGCAAAGGGAAGGGGAGAAUCCAGGUCCCUACUGCUUAAUCUGCUGACUGGUAGCUACCUGCUUUCCACUGAGAUAAUAGGAGAGAAUAAGUAGGAGCACCUAGGAAGCACCUCCUGUAGUGAUCCUAAUGGGAAGACUAUUGUCCAUUAAGGAGUUAGUGAUCCAUUUAACAGCUGACCUGAGCAGGCACAGAUCAUUUGGCUGCAGGGUAAACAUAGCUGGCUAAUCAUAAGAGAAGCUCCCACUUGGUGCCUCGCGAUGACACCGCCGCCACUUGCAUGUCCAUAUCUUUAUCUUGAAGUGAAGCAGUAUGUUUUCAUAUAAACAUCCUUUUGCUUGAUAGUAGAAAUGAUGAAUAGAGAUGUUUACUUCUAAGAACAUCCUAUAAAAACUGUAAAGACCACAAUGCCAUUGAACCUCAUCAUGGAUGGGAUCUAUACAGUGUGCCAUGCCCUGACUAGAGGACUGUCCAACGCUGCACAACUCAAGGUUCACAGCGCCAGAAGGGAUUUAAGAUUAUGUAUGCUAUCUCCUCUUUCCUUCUUGUAUUAUCUCCGAUAAAUGGUAUUUUAAUCAA